AUGUUUAAAGAUGACCAUAACCUGCUAAUGGAGAUGAUUCAGAACAUUAUGCAUGAAAACAAAGGAACCUUCCUCACCUUCACUGAAGAGACCAUCAAACCAGUUUUAAACCUGGUUCUGUGUGGGAGGAGAGGAGCAGGGAAGACUUCAGCAGUCAAGGCCAUUUUAGGUCAGACAGAGCUUCAUUCAGUCUCCAACUCACCAGAGUGUGUUAAACAUCAGGGAGAGGUGUGUGGACGUUGGGUUUCCCUGGUGGAGCUGCCUGCCUUGUAUGGAAAACCUCAGGAGGCAGUGAUGGAGGAAUCAUUCAGGUGUAUCUCCCUCUGUGAUCCUGAGGGCGUCCAUGCCUUCAUCCUGGUCCUACCUGUGGAUCCCCUCACUGAUGAAGACAAGGGAGAGUUAAAGACCAUCCAGAACGCAUUCAGCUCUCCAGUCAAUGACUUCACCAUGAUUCUGUUCACUGUGGAGUCAGAUCCUACAGCUCCAGCUGUUGUUGACUCUGUAAGAAAGAACAGAGACAUCCAGGAGCUCAUUCAGAGCUGUGGAGGAAGACAUGUUGUUCUCAACAUCAAGAACAAGCAGCAGAUCUCUGAGAUGUUGGAUACUGUGGAGAAGAUGGAACAAUCUAAAAAUAAACCAUGUUGCUAUACAACAAACACCUUUGCACAUGCUCAGAUGGAAAAGAUCAGCAUGCUACAGACUGAACUUACAAAACUUCAAACAAAAAGCACGGUCACCUGUGAUGAUGAGAAUCAGAGCUCAGAGAGUCUCAGGAUUGUGCUGAUUGGGAAGACUGGCAGUGGAAAGAGCUCUUCAGGAAACACCAUUCUGGGAAGAGAAGAGUUUAGAGCUGAAUCAAGUCAAACAUCAGUCACCAACCGCUGA